ACGAGUCUGACCUCAGUUGCAAGAAAGUGCUGUUCCAAAGAGCAAAGUGUGGCUGUCCACAACAACAUGAACAACAGUGAUAAGGGAACCAACUAUACCUUCUCCGCGGUGUUCAGUCAAUCAAACACCACAAUCUCCCCCACCAUCUCACUCCCAUCAUCCCAUUCUUCAGACAGCCAUGACCCAGAAUUCACGAUUAUGUUGGUGCUGGGUUUAUCGCUGCUGCUGGCAGGGUUGGCAGUCUUCCUGGCCGUGUGCCGACCCUCUGAACAGCAAGAGGGGAGCGAGGCCGACUGCGGCCCAGGAGAGAAACUGAAUCAUAGAAGAAGUCAGUCUAGUGAACCACAGCUGAAGGUGUGGAGGAGGCUGGGCUCCUACAGACGCUCGUACAAUCUCUCUUUCAGAAGACCCCCCUAUCGGAGGCCGCACGAGCAUGGGAACACGCGUGCCUCACGGUCUCCUGGCACACGGACAGCUCAAGCGGGGGUCAGCAAGGAGCCCCAGCUUACUACGCCUUGUCUGUAUGACUAUGUCACUGAGAUCUAGCUAAGGACUCAUUGUUGUUUUGGUGUUUCAGCAGAAUUUACAAAUAUUUGCUCAUUUUCGUGCUUUUUCAUCUCCAGCAGUUGGAAGUAUUUUUUGCACAUAGUUUCACACGGUGUAAAGGAUUGCAACCAACAAUUCAGUUUUCUCAACAAGCAAGCAUCAU